UACAUUUUUUAAAAGAAAUAACCAGUGUAAAUAUACAGAAUUUUGCUCCAUUUCAUUCAUUUCUCAACCCUUACUCACCAGGAGAAAAAUGUUAUACCAGCAAAGAAUGUGGGAAAGUUUUUGAGCAGGAAAAAUUAUUUGAAAAUCACCACAGAUAUCAUUUAAGAGUGAAAGCCUACAAGUGUGAAGUAUGUGGCAAGUCCUUCCGUUUUCCAUCACAUCUUUCUAAACACAACAGAAUUCAUAAAGGAGAAAAACCCUACAAGUGUGAUGUCUGUGGCAAUGCCUUCCAUUAUUCUUCAAGCCUUUCCAAGCAUAUGAAAAUUCAUACAGGAGAGAAACCAUACAAGUGUGAAGUAUGUGGAAAGUCCUUCCAUUUUCCAUCAUUACUUUCUAAACACAAGAUAAGUCAUACAGGAGAUAAACCCUACAAGUGUGAAGUGUGUGGCAAGGCCUUCCAUACUCCAUCUUUAUAUUCUAUACACAAGAAAAUUCAUACAAGAGAGAAACUCUACAAGUGUGAAGUAUGUGGCAAGGCCUUCGAUUUUCCUUCAAAACUUUCCAUCCAUAAGAAAAUUCAUACAGGAGAGAAACCCUAUAAAUGUGAAGUAUGUGGCAAGGACUUCUAUUACCCAUCAAGACUUUCCAAUCAUAAGAAAACUCAUACAGGAGAGAAACCAUACAAGUGUGAAGAAUGUGGGAAAGCCUUCUGUUUUUCAUCAUCACUAUCUAAACACAAGAGAAUUCACACAGGAGAGAAACCAUACACAUGUAAAGACUGUGGGAAGGCCUUCCACUCUCUCUCAUCACUUUCUAAACACAAGAGAAUUCAUACUGGAGAAAAACCCUACAAGUGUGAAGUAUGUAACAAGGCCUUCCAUUAUCCAUCCUUACUUUCUAAACACAAGACAAUCCAUACAGGACAGGAACCCUACAAGUGUGAAGUAUGUGACAAGGUCUUCAAUUAUCCAUCAAAGCUUUACAAACAUAAGAGCAUUCACACAGGAGUGAAACCCUAAAAUUGUGAUCUAUCUAUCAGUGAAUUCCUUUAGAACUUUCUGGCUUUUCUUCUACUCAUUUGAUAACUCAUUCUGGGAAGAAACCAUAAAAAAGGGAGGAAUGUGGCAAACCUUCUUCUACAAAGUCAUACCUAUAUCUACACAAAUGAACUCAAAAUGUAGAGCAUAUUUACAAAUGAAAAGAAUAUGUCAAAAUAAUCAUCAUAUACUUCAUUCUGGAGAGAAACUUUACAAGUGUAAAAAAUGUGGCAAAUACUUUUGAAGUCUUAUAGCAUGGUCUGAACACAGAAUAAUUUCUAUUGGACUUUGUCACUACACAUGUGAAGAAUGUGGCAAACACUAUUAUUUCCAGUCUUCUGGUCUUAAGCAACAUCAAAGAAUUUACCUAUGAGAGAAAGGAGACAAGUUUGAAGAAUGUGCUAAGGUCUCUUGGACUCACUGAAAACUUGGGAAAAAACUCUUAAUUCAUACUAGACUGAAAUGCCAUGAGUGUGAAAAAUAUUGCAAACCAUUUAAUAAGCCUUCUUAUAUUUUUAAAAACAAGAUAGUUCAAAUUGGUGAGAAAUAGAACAAAUGUUAAAAUGUUCAUAAAAUCUUAACACUUCUUCAGACCCUAAAAGCUAUCAACAGCUUCCUGACCAGCUGCUUUAAACUUCUGUUGUAUUAACAUUUUCACCAUGUCUUGUAGUUGGAAUAACAAUUGCCUUGAGU